AUGAAGCAGCGCGUGCGGAGGAGCCUGGUGCCACUCUUCCUGCACAUGAGCGAGCAGAACCAGAGAGCGGCCCAGGCCGCUCAGAAAGCCCUUGUCAGCGCUGCACAGCUCCUCAAGUGGGAGGAGCUCAAGCAACUGGCCAGGACAGGGGAGACAUGGAAGAUUGGGGAGUACCUGCCCCUGGAAGCUGAUGCUGAACCCUCCGUCCGUUGCCUGGUGACACAGACCGUGCUGGACCUGAGAACUCCCCGGGAGCGGUCGCCACCAAGGGCGCUGACGAUGUCUUGUGCCUGGGAGAGAAGGUCCAAGCACUGCUCAGAACUCGGGGAAGUAGCUGCUUACGUCCCUGACCUCAUUUUAUCUGAGGACUUGAGGCACGAAGCCCGUUGCGUUCAGAAUUUUCAUGGAGUACUGCUCUUUGCGGACGUCUCAGGUUUCACUGCUCUGACAGAGAAGUUUAGCCAGAGCGUCAGCCUCGAGCGGGGUGCGGACGAGCUAACGCAAACGCUCAAUGACUACAUGGGCGACAUUGUGGAGGAGCUGCUGGGCUUUGGAGGAGACAUCUUGAAGUUUGCAGGGGAUGCUGUACUGGUGCUGUGGAGAGUGAGGGAAACACAGCUGAGAGACACCAUCAGCCUGGUGCUGCAGUGCUGCCAGCAAAUCCAGGAGAAGUACAGCGUCCGUGACACAGACGUGGGUCUGAAGCUCCGACUGAAGAUAGGGAUCUCUGCAGGGCACAUGUCGCUGCUGACUGUGGGAGACCGCAAGGAGCAGCACUUCCUGAUCCUUGGCAAGGCCGUGGGUGAAGUCUGGCAGGCGCAAAACCUUGCAAGUGCAAGUGAUGUUAUCCUGUCAGCCAGCUGCUGGGAGCUCUGUAACCAGAGCCAGGUGAAGAGCAAGAGAGUGAAAGGCCAAGGAGCUGUGAAGGUUACAGGCAUGCAGCGGAUGUCUGUGUCGGAGCGCGAAGACCUUUUCUCCAAGUUCACACGAGCCCAGCUGAACUGCCGUUCUCCGGAAAUGCCAGGCGUCCUGAGGCCUGCGGUUACCUUGGCCCCUCAUCGUGCUCAGGGGAAGGUGCUGAGGAAGUACAUCCCAGCCAGUGUCCUGCGCAAGAUUGACGACAGACAGCCCCUGGCGUGCCUAUCCGAGCUGCGGCCGGUCACCUGCCUCUUUGUGAAGCUGCAGUUUGCUGCCAAGGUCAACCUAACGCAAAUCUGCAAGGCUAUCCAGGACAGCAGCAUGCUGAUUUUGGAGAUCCUCCGUCCUCACAAGGGCGAAAUCAACAAAAUCUCCAUGUUUGAUAAGGGCUGCACGCUGCUGUGUGUGUUUGGCCUCCCUGGAGGAAAGCUGCCCUGCGAGAGCGUUUGCGCCCUGGAAAACGCGAUUAAAAUCUCCACCGCCUGCUCCGGGAGGCUGGGGAAAAUCGAGGCAGUGUCCGUGGGGGUCACCAGCGGGACGGCGUUCUGCGGAGUCGUCGGCCACCGCGUCAGGCACGAGUACACAGUCAUGGGCCAGAAGGUGAACCUGGCUGCCCGGCUGAUGGAGCACUACCCGGGGCUGGUGUCCUGCGAUGCGGCGACCUACGCAGCGUCCCGGCUGCCCCGGUCUUACUUCAAGGAGCUGCCGAAGGCCCAGAUGAAGGGGGUUGGCGAUCCUGGCACUGUCUAUCAGUACCUGGGGAUGUCGCAGAAGCUCGUAUUUGGCCUGGAUCUUAUGGAGGAGAGGUCAGAGUACGGCCCCUUGCUCGGUCGUGAAAAAGAGAUUGCCCUCUUUGAAAGUGCCUUGAAAGCCUAUGGGACUUGUCGCGAAAGCAGCAUCCUAGCGUUUGAGGGUGUGCUUGCCUCUGGAAAGAGCCAUUUACUCACUGAGCUGGCAUCCUUGGGCCGGGCUGCUGGCCACAGGGUAGUGGCCGUGGAACUGACAGAGCUAGACCUGAAGCAGGUCUACUCUGCCCUCCGUAUGGUGCUGGCCAUGGCCCUGGGCCUGCAGGCAUGUCAAUCGUGCAGUGCCAGACAGCUUGUGCUGCAGGCAAAGCUCCAAGGGCUGAUGGCAGAGAGCAGCUACUGCCUCCUCAACGACGUCUUCCUCGUUAAGUUUCCCCUCUCGACGGCAGUUUCCCAGAUGAGUGGCACUCAAAGGCAAAUGGAGCUGGAGUUGGUUUUGAAGAAAGUGCUCCAGAAGACUGUUGAAGAAGAUGGCGUUGUAUUUGUCAUCGACAACGCCCACUGCAUCGACUCUCCCUCCUGGAGUCUUAUGUGGAGCGUGCUCAGGGAUGUCUCGAUCUUCAUGGUGAUGAGCUUCACUGCCAGUCACUGCAGAAGACAGAGGCUUUGCCAAGCUGCCGUAGACAUCCUGAAGUUGCAGAAAACCAGUUGUGUUCGUCUGGGAGAGCUGAAGCCUUCUGCUGUAGUGCAGAAAGCCUGCCAGGCGCUUGGAGUUGUCAGCCUGCCCCAAGAUCUAGAGACGUUGCUGACGCAAAGAAGCUACGGCAUCCCCUAUUACUGUGAGGAACUGCUGCGCUACCUUCUUGGCCACGACAUGCUCUUGUUCCACCCACUGGGGAAGGAUGAGAAACGAGAGGACAAGUGGGAGAGCCUCUUCACUUCUGUGAUGGAGGCUUCAACCACCGCAGCAGCACGGAGCUCCAGCGCGGGGAAGGACCGCAGGGUGUGCGCCAUGAGGCCGGAUGUGACCCUGCAGAACACUGUACUUCCCCCUACAUUGAAAGGGAUUGCGCUGGCUGAGCUGGACAGCAUGAAGCCCUCGGAGCAGAUGGUUCUGAAGUGUGCAGCCAUCCUAGGGCCGCUGUUUAGCACGGAGCUGCUGUUCCACAUCCUUCCCGGGUGGAGCAGGGCCAAGCUGAACAAGGCGCUGAAUGCCCUGGUGAGAUGCAACAUCCUCAAGUGGCUGAAUGCUGCCAAGGGGGCAGAAGAGAGCAGUGUUCCCACCGAGGGGUCAGGCACCUCUCUGGAGGAGGAGAGUGAUGCCCAGAAGUCAUCCGUGGAGGAGAGCAAGGAGAGGGCGAGGCUGGAGUCUGGCAUGCUGGCCUUUUGCGCCCCGCUGCUGCAGGAGGCUGCCUACGAGCUAUGGCCGAAGGGACAGAGGGUGGCCCUGCACCACAAGUGUGCGGCCUUCCUGGAGAGGCACGCGCACAAGUGCCAGUGCUGCGGGGGAGGCGACUUUGUUGCCUUCCACCGCUUGGCCCUCGGCAGCACGCAGGAGGCCGAGAGCGGAGAAGAGCAUGGCAGCGACUGCUCCUGGCGCAACUGGGAGGCCUCCCUGGCGACCAGCGAGGAGAUGAAGUUGGACGAGCUCCCCGCCUCUACGGAUGCUUCAAGUGGUGUACUGAAAGAGAAGAGCUGCUUGGAGGAGAUUUUUCAAGCGGCAAAGCAGUUUCUGGCUAAGACCGAAUGGAUGCCCAAGGUGCCCAGCAAGACCCAGUGGACGCAGGGUGUGGAGUGUUCCUGCAGCUGCAAGGCCAUUGUGGACUUGGUGCUUGUGCCCUUGGCUCAGCACUACAUGGCAGUGGGCAAUGACGCCAGGGCCUUUUAUUAUCUGCUGGAGGGUGCGGCUGCCUACUUGCACGUCUCCGACAACUACCUGGCCUUCCGGAACCUGAAGAAGGCAGAAGUGCUGAGGACCUUGGUGGCUAAGAAGGGAAACGCGCUUGCUUGCUUUGAAGAAGCCACUUUGCUGAGCCUCAAAGGAGAGGUCUGCUACCAUAUGGGACAAACGGAGCUGGCGAAGACAAUGAUCAGGAAGGCAUUGAGCCUUCUGAAGAGGAAAUUCCCCACGACCUCCACUGGUGCCGCCUUGCAGCUUGUGCUGGAAAAGUCAGAGCAUGCCUCCCACAAGAAGAACAGAGACUCCUCCGUUCCUCAGGAGGCAGGGAGGCAGAGGCUCCCCUGGCUGUUCCGGCAAAGCCACUGCCUGUCCUUACUGCGGCAGCUCUUCAGCCUGGAGAGCGCCGCCGGCAGUCGGAGGCUCUCCCGCCUGGCAGCACUCAUGAAGGUGAACACGGCCGAGGAGUCCGAGGAUGCGAGUCACGUCCUCUUGUCCUACCUGGAAUAUGCGCUGUGCUGCCAGAACCUGGGCUGCCGGGAAGAGUGGCUGCAAUACGGGCGGGCGGCCAUGCAGCUUAGCGCUGAGGUGCAGCUCUUUGGAGGAGGGGUAUUAAACACGGCCAGCUUUGCCCAGGCCCUGUCCCAUCUGACCCUCAGCCUGGGAAAUCUGCCUCUGUCCGUCGACGUAGGCUAUCGUGCUGAGAGGCUCUGCAUGGAGCUGCAGAAGCCUGACCUGGGCUGCGUGGUUCUCAGGACCCUCUUCACGGCACUCUUUCUGCAGAUGAGGUACCCGGAAUGUGAGGCAGUGCUGCGCAGGCUAGAGGAGCAGGUGUCUGGAGCAGAUGAGAUCGUUGGGCAGGCAUGCUUCUUCUGCUUCUGCUUAGACCUCUUGCUUGAUGCUGGGUGGCAGUAUAAGUCCUUUGAAGAGUGCAGGAGGUUCGUGGAGCAGAACGAAGCCAACUGCCUUCUCCAGGCGCAGAGCAGCAUCCUGCUUGGACUGUAUUCGUCCCUGGCUCUUUGGUUUGCAAGGCUCGGGCAGUGGGACAACUUCCAGAAGCCCUUUGAAAAGGCCAAGAGGCUGCUGAAGAGCACUGGCGCCUGCCUUGUGGCCAGCCAAGCGUGCAGCCGGCUCCUGGAGUGCCAUAGCCUCGUGCUGAAAAAGGACAUGGAGCACAGCUCGUGGAGGGCCCGUGAGAGCUGCUGCAGGGCUCUAAGGCUUGCCGAAGAGGUUUUCUCUCGGUGCUCCACAAGCCCCGUCUUCUACCCCAGAGUCUACCACCUGAAAGCCUACAUUUUCCUGAUGCUGGGGAAUGAAGAGCAGAGCCUGCUGUGCCUCAACCAGGGCCUCCAAGCCUGUGAAGACUAUGGCAACCUGCUGGAGAAGACUUGGCUGGAGAUGAGCACUAUCUUCAGUGCUGUGCUGAGGAUGCCCUCUGAGCAGGGCCGGCACAAAGCUUUUUCCGUGUGCCUCCCGCACCUGGCUGUGGUAGCUCUGUAUAUCAGCACUGGCUCAUUUGCCUACCUGAAGGCCUCCUCCAUUUCCUUUCCAGCUCUGGAUCUAGUGUUGGCUGGUCUGUACGCGGUGGUGCCACCAGCCAUGAACCCCCUCAUCUACAGCAUGAGGAACAAGGAGCUCCAGGAAUCACUGAAAAGACUGAUUCAGCUGGAACUAGCUCAGCAACAAUGA